AACUGACGUCACACGUAUACACACACCCAAGAGAAAACGUUGGAAGAUGGCGAGUCGUACACAAGUGAGUGUUCAAGACUGCGAGGAUUACAUCGAGCAGCAUGGCGUCCAGGCCAUUCUCAAGGAGUGUAUAGCCAAGAUAUGCCAGACCCGACCAGAGAGACCCUACAGAUGGCUCAGGGAGUACUUCGAGAAGCUCGAAAAAGAGCAUCCCGAGGUGUCCACACCUGACGUGGAUGUAGCCACUCCGUUGCAGAAACCUCGUAGCAGGAGGGGGGCUGUGAGUGCCAGCGUGAUGACGGAGGAGCAGGCAACCAGCUAUGUCAAGAAAGUUAUGCCCAAGGACUACAAAACAAUGGCCGCCCUCGAGAAGGCUAUUGAGAAAAACAUUCUGUUCUCACAUCUGGACGAGGAUGAGAGGAGUGAUAUUUUUGAUGCCAUGUUCUUAGUCAGAGAAGUGGCUGGAAAAACCAUCAUUCAGCAAGGUGAUGAGGGAGACAAUUUCUAUGUCAUUGACUCGGGAGAGGUGGAUAUCAUCGUGAACAAGGAUUAUUUUGGCUCCAUUGGAGAGACGGGAAGUUUCGGUGAGCUUGCCCUGAUCUACGGUACUCCCAGGGCAGCGACCAUCAGAGCCAAGACCGAUGUCAAGCUAUGGGCAAUUGACCGCGACUCAUAUCGUCGCAUUCUCAUGGGGAGCACCAUCAGAAAAAGGAAACUGUACGAAACUUUCCUCGAGAAGGUCUCCAUCUUAGAGUCUUUGGACAAAUGGGAGCGGUUGACGGUGGCCGACGCCCUCGAGCCGUGUACCUUCCAUGACGGGUCAUUCGUGGUCACUCAGGGAGAGUCUGGGGAGGAGUUCUUCAUCAUCGUGGAGGGCAGUGCCAUUGUGCUCCAGAGGAAGACAGAGGAUGGAGAGUACGUGGAGGUCGGUCAGCUGGGACCAUCCGACUAUUUUGGUGAGAUUGCCCUGCUGUUGAAGCGACCCAGAGCCGCCACAGUUACAGCCAAGGGCACUCUCAAAUGCGUCAAAUUGGACCGCUCCCGUUUUGAGCGUGUUUUGGGUCCCUGUCAGGACAUCUUGAAGCGCAAUAUCAGUCAGUACAACAGUUUUGUGCAGCUGGUUGUGUGAAGAGGAGGGGACAAUACACGGACUCUAUAAUCUGCCGUUUAAAAGUACAAACUGACAUUUAUAUAAUUUAAUUUGUAACCUGUACUUGUCUUGUGAUGCAUCGAUCAUUAUUAGUGAUUAUAUCAAUAAUUAAUUAAUGUUUUGUUAUCUUUAUAAUUAUUCUUCGGCCUUUAAUUAGUAGAAUUUGUUUAAUUUGCCAAAUAAACUUACACAUUGUAUGAUAUGCGUAUGCAAUUUGUGCAAUUAAUGACAUGUCUUCAUAAUUACUAUGACCACAGCUA